AUCUCAUUCUUCAUUGAUUCCCGUCCAUUCGUUCUAUCUUAAUCAUUCCAAUGGUAAAGUGCAUCGAGGAGGCGGAAGAAGCAGGACUGAAAGGCGCCACUGAACCAUUCCGGCACACUGGCUUCCUGCUUCUAUCCCAACUGACUUUGUGUCCUUGACGACAUAAAUAAUUGUUACUUAGGCAACACGGACACUUGCGGGACGAUUGCUCCGUCCCACCAGCACAGCAGCAAACACCUUCGCAAGCAGAAAUGUCCCUUCAGUGAUUAAACCAACCUCGGCGACAAGGAUUACUGCUAAUACAAUCUGCAAGGCAACUUCGGUGUCACCUCAUCAAUUAUCGUCAUCGUUUUCGCUCUUCUCGACUUCAGCCGCGGCAGGACGUGCCAAGGUCGCAGCCCAGUAUGGACAGCCAACUUGGAUGACACACUCACAUCUGAUGAAGCAGGGCGAGAUUACACCUGGAUUGUCAGCAUCCGAGUAUGAACUCAGAAGAUCGAUUCUGAUGCAGGGACUCCCCAAGGGGAGCAUUGUCAUCGCAUCAAGCCAUCGGACACGAUUUAUGACGAAUAAUAUCUUCUAUCCGUUCCAUCAACAGACCGACUUUUAUUAUCUUUGCGGAUUUAACGAGCCAGACGCAGCACUAGUCCUUGAGAAGAAUGAUUCGCCCCGCGGAUAUAAAAUGACCAUGUUUGUGGCGCUCAAGAACGCCAAUGUUGAGAUGUGGGAGGGUGCGCGUACAGGAACCGAGGCUGCCAAGGAAAUCUUUGGCGCCGACGAAGCGGUUGAUGCAAAUUUAUUCAGAUACAGGAUCGUGGACAUGGCGAGUCGAUAUGAAAACGUCUACUUUGACUACCCGAACGCAUCAAUGUUCAUGCCCAUGGACAUCGCAAAGAAGCUGCACAACAAGCCAGACUCGGAUUCGAUAACCACCACCAAAAGCCUUUCACCUUUGGUUCAGGAACUGCGUGUCAUCAAGAGCGAGGCCGAGAUCAAGAUCAUGCGGCAGGCGGGCGAAAUUAGCGGCAAAGCAUUUAUUGAGACGAUGAAGUUUACGAACCCAGAGCGACUUGAGCAUCAGAUCUAUGCAAAGUUUGAUUACGAGUGCCGCAUGCGCGGUUCCCAAAUGAUGGCAUACGUGCCUGUGGUGGCAGGCGGAUCUAACGCGUUGACUAUGCACUAUGUUAACAAUGAUCAGCCCCUACACGACGGCGACUUGUUGCUGAUGGAUGCUGGUGGAGAACUGAAUGGAUAUGCAAGCGAUAUUACAAGGACGUGGCCAGUCAAUGGCAAAUUUACGGAGGCACAGAAGGACCUAUAUGAGGUUGUUUUGCACGCGAACAAGGAGUGCAUCAAGCUCUGCACGGAGGAGCAUGGCAUGUCGUUGAACCAGAUCCACGAUGUUUCGAUGCGUCUUACUAAGGAAGGUCUAUCGAAACUCGGCAUCAAGCCUUUGGCUCAUGAUGUGGAUAGGAGAUUGUAUCCUCAUCAUGUUGGACAUUAUUUAGGCAUGGAUGUUCACGACACAGGUGAUAUUUCCAGGUCCCGACCUCUGAAGGAGGGCAUGGUCAUCACGAUCGAACCCGGUCUGUACAUUCCUCGGGAUCCUGCAUAUCCUGAAAAGUAUCAGGGAAUUGGUAUUCGCAUUGAAGACAAUGUCGCGAUUGGCAAGACCGUUCCGCAUGUCCUGAGUGUCACCGCGCCUAAGGAGGUGGUCGACAUCGAGUAUUGCUGUGCCUCUGACAAAGAAUAGACAAAUAUGAAAUAAAAUAUCUGCUUCCUGGC